AUGAUAAAAAGCGAUAGCCCAAAGGGGGACACCAUAUCUGCAGAAGAAGAUCAGAUCACAGUAAGAAAAUUCCCCAAGGGCAGCAAGUUUGGUGUUCGGGAAUUUGACAUUAUUCUGUAUUCUCUAGGAGUCGUUCCUUAUUCGAUAAUCCGUGAAUUUGAAAGUUUACCUCUGAGGAUUGCAGUGAGCUUGCACAAUUCCACUGAACCUGAUCAUUCGGGAUAUAUUUCCACCUCACAGCCAUUGCCAGCGCACUGCUUCCAGGGAAAGCCCUUGGGAGACGAGAAGGCUGAUCUGCCAACAAUGCUACAAACCAUCGAGUGUCCCCUGAGUCAGAUUCAGAACAUCACUUCAAAAGCUAGCUUAAUGAUUAACUUGUCGGCAGACUCACUAGUUACUGUUAAAACCAUAAUUGAAGCCUGCAUUGCAACAAGUACAAACUAUGCCGACUGCUGUACAAAUAUCGAAGUUAUAAAGCAAAUAUUUGCGUGCUAUGGCCGAGACACAAGUAUAAAAGUUAUUCAGGGAUGUGCCCAUAUUCCAUUUUUAAUUGAUUUGGGCGUUUUUUCAUUAGGAAAAAUACACGAAGUCAAAGAGGUGGAGGCUACUGUAGUUUGCUCUCGGGAAUGUAGCACCUUUGGCCAUGCGAUAUUAGCGUAUGAAAGCAAUACUUUUAACAGUCUCAGAUAUAACUAUGAAACCCAGGCAUAUGAAAUCCUCUUGCACGAUCCGACAGAUUUUAUACUAACAAAAAGCAGACACUAUUUCAGAAAAAAAGGCAUAUCCCAUGCCAGAUCUAGUGCUUACGUAAGUAUCAGAUAUAUCUUUGUGUUUUUAAUUUACUUUUUUAUUGUAUCGAUGUUUUCACAUUUCACAAUUACAAAGAAGUAUAUUUCAUUAUAUAAAAAGGCACGAGCUGGCGUAGGCAGCAAUGUAUCCAGCAGCAUAGCCAAAAUAAUUUUCAGCGGAAAUGCAACCAAGCACGAUAAGCAUGUUAAAAUGACUAUCACGGCAUCCAAACAAAAAAACGACAUCUCUGCAAUUUGUCUUUCACAAAUAGCUGCAACGCUUAUUGAAGAUACAGUAGUAUCAGAAACAGGAGUGCUAACACCAGCAAUAGCUCUACAUGAGACAAGAAUAAUAGAAAGAUUAGCAUACAAACACAUAAAGUUUCAAUAUUUCUAUUCGGAGUAG